AAACUUCGAAUUGUACAUAACCUUGAAAUAAAAUGAAACUUAAGUAUCAAGAUCAAGAAAAUGUUUUCGUAAUGUUUGUGUGAAAAAAUGUAGAAUGGGUGGUUGUUUUAGUAGUAUUUCACUCUGUGAUAAAAUAAGUGAUGAUGGAGUAAGGAUUUGCGUAAAUAAUAUCGUAGAAAAUAGCCUACAACCAACUCCAAUAGUAAAUAUAUCUUCUGAAUUAUUCAGACCUCUGGUACAGAAUCCAACACGUGAAUUGCCAAGCAACAUUUUUGUAGCAUUAUACGACUAUGAUGCUAGAACAGAUGAAGAUCUUGGUUUUCGAAAAGGAGAAUACUUAGAAAUCUUGAAUGAUUCACACGGUGACUGGUGGCUUGCUGUUAAUAAGAGAACUCUACGAAAAGGAUAUGUGCCAUCCAAUUAUGUAGCUAAAUUGAAGAGUAUAGAGGCUGAACCAUGGUAUUUUCACAAGAUCAAAAGGUUUGAGGCUGAAAAAAAGCUUUUUUCGCAUCUGAAUGAACCUGGUGCUUUUCUCAUAAGAGACUCUGAGAGCAGUAACAAUGAUUAUUCAUUAUCAGUUCGAGAUUGGGAGAAUGUGAAGCAUUAUAGAAUAAGACAAUUGAAUGAAGGUGGAUUUUUCAUUUCCAGGAGGACUACUUUCAGGACACUCCAAGAACUAGUUGAGCAUUAUAGGGAUAAUUCUGAUGGUUUGUGUAUUAAUCUUCGAAAACCUUGUGCAGAAACUGAAAGACCACUACCUGAUGGUCUUGCUUCUCAAACAAGAGAUCAGUGGGAAAUUGCAAAAUCCUCUUUACAAUUUUUGAGAAAACUUGGUCAUGGCCAAUUUGGAGAGGUAUGGGAAGGCACUUGGAAUAAAACAACACCUGUUGCAAUAAAAACAUUGAAAGCUGGAACAAUGGACCCUAAAGAUUUUCUUGCAGAAGCUCAGGUAAUGAAGAAACUAAGGCAUCCCAAAUUAAUCCAGUUAUAUGCAGUUUGUACCAUAGAAGAACCAAUAUAUAUUAUUACUGAAUUGAUGAGAAAUGGAUCUUUACAAGAGUACAUUCAGGGUAAAAAAAAAACUUUACAGUUGGCACAAUUAAUUGAUAUGGCUGCACAAAUAGCUUCUGGAAUGGCAUACUUAGAGACCAUGAAUUACAUUCAUAGAGAUUUAGCAGCUAGGAAUGUCCUUGUAUCUGAUACAGCAGAAGUGAAAAUUGCUGACUUUGGUCUUGCUAGACUGAUUAAGGAUGAUGAAUAUGAAGCAAGAGUAGGUGCUAGAUUUCCCAUCAAAUGGACUGCUCCUGAAGCUGCAAUCUAUAGUGUAUUCUCAAUCAAAUCUGAUGUUUGGUCAUUCGGUAUUCUUUUGACUGAGUUGGUUACAUAUGGUAAAACCCCAUAUCCUGGUAUGAGUAAUACUGAAGUACUGCAACAAGUCGAAAAUGGUUAUCGUAUGCCUGCACCUGCUUUAUGCCCUCCGGCUCUUUAUAGCAUCAUGUUGGAGUGUUGGGAGAAAGACCCCAUGAAGAGGCCAACUUUUGAAACUUUACAAUGGAAACUGGAAGACUUUUAUACUAUGGAUGAUUCUGAAUAUAAAGAAGCAUGGGCUCGAUGAAUGUUAGCCUCUACCAUUGCAUGCUGAUUAAUUCAAAUGAUG